AUGAACCAUUUUUUAUACGUAUUGAAACAGGCUAUAGAAGAAAAUGCAGUGCUUAAGAUCCGGUUCGAAGAGCUAGAAAAGAAACAUAAAACAGAUACUGCUAAGCUUACUGCCAAGAAUGCUGAGCUUAAAGAUAGAGUCACAAAAUUGGAACAGAAGCAGACCCAAAUUAUCACUAAUGACCUAGACGCGUCUUCUAUGAAAGAUAUUUUGCAGUCUAUGGCUUGUUCAGAAUUAUCAGUAAAUACCCAGAUCUGGGCACAAAUUCCUAUCUCUUUCAAAAUAAGUGAUGAGUCUAAAGGGUCACUAUCCAUUCAAUUACCUAUCGAGGGCCAGUCUGACAAGGAGAGAGACAUUAAUCCUAAUCUCUUUCCCGAACUAGAACAUAGUUUGACAAAACCUGAAUUGUUGGCAGAAUCUGAAACAUUCCAAUCUUCUUUAUCACAGGAUAUUAUCAAUGACAAUUCAGUUGAGAUUCUUGAAUUUGUAUAUAAAGAAAAUAUUAGUAAUGUAGUAAGGGAGAGAAACAGAAAAAAGAAACUUCAGAGUCAAGGAUCAAUGCAAAAUAUAUCUUCCUCUUCUUCUGAUAUACAAAAUGAGAUAAAUCCUUGUAGAUGA